CGAAGCAAAAGUUGCUGUCACACAAAUAGUUAAACAAUUCGUUUUGUCGACGUUUAUCUAAAAUCACGUGACUUGAUAGGUGUUUACAUCGAGAAACAUUUCUAAACAAGACUUCAUAGACGAGAGUUGAACUUCCUCUGGACUAAAAUACGAACACGCAGGGUUGACUUCUGUCUGCAUCAGGAUGUCUCUGACAAUGUCUAAAGGUGAUGGGGUGACUGUUAUCACCGUCAGCACAAACCCAAAGAGUAAAUGGCCCAUUCUGUGUCAGAUUCUGGGUACCCUGUGCUACAGUCCUGUGUGUUCUGUAGCUCACGAUAUGAAAGGAAAACUGACAGAAACUCUGACAGCUCUUGGGAUUGUGCAGAUGAUCGUGGGAAUCUUAAAUAUCGCAAUGGGAAUUUUUCUUGUAAGCAUCUAUUGGUACUAUAGCUUCAUUCGGGACUCACAAGCACCUUUUUGGCUCGGUGGUAUGUUUCUUGCAGUUGGAAUCGUGAGUAUUCUUGCUGCAAAGUUUCCCAGUCCGUGUGUGUUGGUCAUCGCAGUGAUUUUGAACAUAAUCAGUGCUGCGCUGGCGAUCACAGCUGUUGUGUUGCAUUCAGUGGAUCUGGCAACAAACUUCUCUCCAUACAACUAUCCAUACUGUAAUGAUGAUGCUGUUGAUUAUUAUUCACGUUAUCCUGUAACAGCGUCCCCUGAACGGAGCAGGGAUCAGGAAAUGUGUCUGUACUACAAAAAUCUCAGUCAGGUGAUCUUUAGAGGUGUAAAUAUCAUGAUGAUAGUUUUGGCAGUUCUUCAGCUCUGCGUAACCAUCAGCUUCUGUGUCGUGACUCUGAAAGCUUUGUGCAAGAAGAGCGGGGAUGCACAGUCUGUGGAGGACCCACAACUUUACAAACCUCUCGUGGAGGACGCUAUUUGCAAUCCUGCAUGCUAGAGAAACACAAUGAACAUGGAUGAAAAAGCAACACAAUUCUCAUGUUACAGGUUAAGGGUUUUGAGGUGGAUUAUUUACUGCUUUUAAGAAUAAAUAAUUAGAUCACGUUAGCAUCGACCUCUUGCACAUAUGUUACAGAUAGCACCUUUAUAAUAUUUUCACUUUGUAGAACAUUUUUUAUAUUCAUGAUUGAAUUUGUUCGCUGCUUUCAAAGCUGACUCUAAAUUAAUCUAGUUUUUGCUUAUUACAAGUUUAUUUUAUAUACUGUUAAAUAUAAUUUAACCUUGCCUUUAUGUGGCUUGCUAUGGUAUGGAAUUCAUCUGACAUGUAAUGAUUAUUUCAGAAACAAAAUGGCAUUGUUUUAAAAUUACUUUUUUGGCCACUAGGUGGCGACAGGAUAUUGAGGAAGAAUAACUAGACACCCAGUCAAUGUCAGAGGAUAAAUGUUUAGUGCUAAAUUUUAUUUACCAAACAAAAUUUGACAUAAACAUUAAGAAAAGGUAAAACUUCCACCAUAAGCCCAUUUGAUGUAUAGAGUUGUAAGCUUUGAUACAAAUGAAUCAACUCUAAACUCUGUUACUGUACUCAUUUACACUUUUCUCUUUGUUGUUUAAUUUGAUUUUUAUAAAUUCAAGUCUUUGUUUAUGCUUGGGCUCAAAUGACUUUAACUAUCAGUCACUUCGAUCAAAAAACUUUGAUUUGAGACCGAAAACAAGAUUUCGACAAGAAAUCCUUGACUGCAACUAAAACAUUUAAUGUGCAUCUAUUUGGUUUUUUUAAUUUACAUUAUGUACCUGUAAGAAGUUUCUUUUACUCUAUAUUAGCAUAUGUUGAUGUCUAUAAAGUAUACUGACAGUCAUUAUCUUAAAGUAAAUCCCCAAAGUGAAGCACUUAUUUUUUGAAAACUGUAUGUUAUCCUGCUUACUGCACAAACUUUUUAUCAAAUCAAUAAAUAAAUAGACAACA